CAAGACAACUGCUAAAUUAAACUAAGAAUAACACACGUGAGAAUCACAUUUGUACACUGUCGCUCCACCUCUUCUUUAGUGGUGUAAAUGAGUUGGAAACUGGAAACCACUGACCAGAACUUGCCAUCUACAGUCAAGAUGGCAAACUUUUGGCAGCUCAUGCUCCUGUUUUGGAUGUGGAUUCCUCCUGGACUCUCAUCCACCAUGAGUUUUAUUGGUUCUCCAAAACAAUGUGAAACGGCUCACUUUGUCCCCGGCUACAACCUGGGUGGAGAAGGCUAUGACAUUGUGACAAUGGAGAGGAAAGGUGCCUAUGUCAUCGACACUGAGACAUGGGACCUUGGAAAUGGCACUUGCAAAAUGUACAGAAACAGAUACCAGAAUGGAGAGAACCAGAAGGUCCCAGUCUCUGUGGUGGACUGGAGAAACCUCCCAAAGUGCAGCAUGAAGGUUUCCAGCAUGCUCUAUGAUUCUGUCGAAUCUCUCGUCAACGAUUCCACAUCAUCGGUCUCCAACGACUGGAAGAUCGGUUUGGAAAUCCCUGUGGACCCUUCAGUCACUGUUGGUGUUGGCCUUGGAGGGUCACACUCCAGGGCUUCUGAAUUUGGAAUGAAAAAAUCCAAAAGCGAUCGCUACGAAUUUGUCCGGCAGUCGGUCAAUUGUAACUUUUACAGGUACAGACUGACCACUAGUCCUCCUUUGAGUCAUGACUUUCUCGCAGCUGUGAACUCUCUGCCUCCAUAUUGUCCUGGAAAAGCAUCACCAUAUCGCGACCUGAUCGACACGUAUGGCACUCAUUAUAUCACACAGGUGUAUCUUGGAGGGGAAAUAAAGGCAACAACCUCUUUUCAGACCUGCAAGGCAACCAUGAAUGGGUUUACAGCAACAGAUGUUAGUGACUGUUUGACGGUUGAAGCAUCAGCUAGCUUUGCUAACAGCGCUAGUGUUAAAGCCAUGACUAAACACUGUGAAGACAAGAAGAAAAAAUUGAACUCAGGACAAAGUUUCAGUUCAGAAUUUAAUGAGCGUUUCACAGAGGUCACUGGUGGGGAUGAAAUGGAAGUUGCACUUUUUGGGGGUGGUUCGGACCCUGAUGUGUAUAAAAACUGGUUAAACUCUCUUAAAACCAUACCUGAUAUCGUGCAGUAUAACUUGAAACCGCUUCACACCAUACUUCCAGAUAAUCACCGUGCAAAAAAAGGCCUGAAAAAAGAAGUGGAACAGUACAUUUUAAAAAAUGCAGUGCUGAAAAAAUGUUCUGAAUCCUGUCAAAUUGGACAUAGAUCCAACAAAAGAGAUCCUUGUGCUUGUGUGUGUAACAGCAACAAGAAUGUCAAGGCAAACUGUUGUCCUGGUGGAAAAGGUCUGGCAACAUUGAAGGUGUAUAAACUUUAUGCAAGGGGGCUGUAUGGUGAUACCUUUGGCAAGACAGAUGGUUCAGUGGAGGUUAAGUAUGGUGACCAGCUAAAGCGCACCAAAAUAAUCAGUAAUGAUGACAAUCCCAGAUGGCCAGAAAAAUUUGAUUUUGGACCCAUUGUUAUCAAUAUGCAAAACAAGUUGACAUUUUCUGUAUAUGAUGAGGAUACACGCUGGAAUAGUGAUCUGCUUGGCAAGUGCUCUUUUGAUCUUCGAAAAGCGAAUGUGUCAGAUAGCUGCAUGUUUAAUCAUGGAACGUUUUUCUUCUCUUACUCUGUGGAGUGUGCACCAAGUCUGGGAGGAAGUCGGUGUGAUGAGUACAUUUCCUCCCCCAUGGAUCCCUCACUGACCAAAGAGUUUUACACCAGGAAUGGGGUUCUGCUGGGCAAUUCCAUGAAGAAGUUUUUUAAACCAACUAGACAGGCAGGUUUAGACCAGUUUUGAGAUAAUUUGUUGAAAAAGAAAACAAAUGCAUUUGCUUGUAAUGUGUCUUCUUUCACUUUUGUGUGGAAAAUUUUUGCAGUAAAAUCAUGUCACUAUUACAUAUUAGCAUAAAUACCUACCGAUAAUCCUGCUUUUACUUUUCUUUCCUGUCUGCAAAAUAUUGCAAUAAAGCAUCCACAAAGACAA